GUGUCUAAAAUGGACGAAUAUGAUGAAAUGUACGGGAUUGAGGAUGAUUUCGAGCAACAGUUUGCAGAUGAGCUGGAGGUGAUGGCUGAAAUGGACUUCGGACCCCCCCGUGAGACGAAGGUAUCGGAGUUACGAAUUAAGAAAGCGCAGACGUUCGAAGAAGCCAUCGCAUCUGGUGAAGCAGCUUUAAAGAAACCGGCUACCACGGAACCUGCUGAUGGUCCAGAACACGAGUACGGAAGCGGCGAGUCCCUAACCCCCAAGGCAAAGAAGCAGAAGCAGGAUGUGGCCAAAAAGCUCCAGUUUAAUGCGGCUAACGGUGAUGACAUCACUCCACCGUCCUCGCCCGAGGUUUAUCAGACGUCAGAAAGGACCAGAUCUGCAUUUGCGCGCACCCUCUCCCCCGAACGACCGGCAGCCGCUGGGACGCUUGGCAUGUUGGACAUCAGUGGCUUUGGGGUGCUACAGGAAUCUCCAAAGAGGGCGACAGGGACACAGAAAGCGACGCGGCACGUGUUGAAGCGCCCACCGGCUACAGGAAGUUACGUCACCGUCACAGACUCUCAGGGAAACCGGGUUUAUCUCAGCAGCAAGGAGGAGCAGGAUGACAAGGUGCCAGAUCCACGAUUUUUCCGAAAUUCCUAUAAUGCCCUGGGCCUGCUGGCUGUGCCUAUCGAAGUUCUCAGAGAGCAAGCGUCGGAGAGACGUCACCGUCAGUUGGUGGAAGAAUCACAGAGGCUGACGGAGCUCCUGAACAGCGGUAUAGAUCCAGAGCUCCUUGUGGACGAGGAGCCGGAGAACGCCGAGGAUGAGGAACGUGAUGCUCCUGAUGAAGCCUCGUCCUCUCGACUGUGGGUCGACCGCUUUUCACCCAAGCAUUACAUGGAGCUCCUGAGCGAUGACUUCACCAAUCGCUGUCUUCUGAAAUGGCUCAAGCUUUGGGACACGGUGGUUUUCGGUGUAGAGAAGAAGCCUCGGCCGCCUGUAGCGGAGGCCCGGACGAACCCGCCUAAGAUGCAAAACCAGAAUCAGAAUCAGCGGUUUAAGACUAAAAGCCAGAUUACUGAGGAGAUCCUGGAGGCGGAGCUGGACCAGUACAAACGGCCCAAAUUUAAGGUUGCGCUCCUGUCCGGGCCUCCUGGACUCGGGAAGACGACGUUAGCCCAUAUCAUCGCCAAGCAUGCAGGAUAUAACGUAGUGGAGAUCAAUGCCAGUGACGACCGCAGUGCCGAGCUCUUCCAGAAACGUAUCUACACUGCCACGCAGAUGAAGUCGGUCCUGGGUGCCAACGAGAAGCCGAACUGCCUGGUGAUUGAUGAAAUCGACGGCGCUCCCUCGGCUGCCAUCAACAUCUUGUUAGCGACUCUGAACAGGAAAGACAGUCGAGAAGGAGAGGACUCGACCUCUAAUCCCCUGAAGAAAAAGAAAAAGAAAGAGUCUGUGCUUCUUCGGCCAAUCAUCUGCAUCUGCAACGACCUAUACACUCCGGCCCUGAGGCCGCUGAGGCAGCAGGCGUUUCUCUUAACGUUUCCCCAGACGCAGCAAUCCCGGCUGGCACAGAGACUGGCCGAGAUCACACGACAGCAGGGUAUGAAGGCCGACACGGGCGCUCUGAUGGCCUUGUGUGACAAGACGGACAACGACAUCCGUUCCUGCAUCAACACGUUACAGUUUUUACACGGUCGCGGUCAGAAACAGCUGGAUCAGCGGAUGGUGAAUUCUAUGUCCAUCGGGUUAAAGGAUCAGAACAAGGGACUUUUCUCCGUCUGGCAAGAAAUCUUUCAGCUUCCACGUACAAAAAGGAAGCGGAUUGGCAGAGAUGCUUUUGGGGGGUUGGAGGAGGCGGGGCUUAGAGACACCAGCCAGAGGCUUCAGCAUAUCCUUCACCUGGUGUCAUCCAGUGGAGAACACGAGAAGCUCACGCAAGGUCUGUACGAUAAUUUCCUCAGUAUGAAGCUGAAGGACCCCAGUAUGUUGGGGGUGUGUGCAGGCCUGGACUGGCUCUGUUUCUCCGAUACGGUCAAUGAAUGCGUGAUGCACGGACAGAACUACUCGCUCAUGCGAUACCUGCCCUUCCUCCCGGCCGCGUUCCACCACCUCUUCGCCGCCAACAAUGUCCCGCGCAUCAGUUACCCCAACAGUCAGUAUGAGGCGCUAACGAAAACCCAGCAGACCAAGAACGCUGUCGUUGCCAUGUUGGCCGAGAUCCCUCCUGCAAUACGGACUCGAAUUUGCCAGAGCAGCCUGUGCAUGGAGAUCCUCAGCCUCCUACUGGAGCUCAUCUGUCCCAAACUACGGCCGAUCAAUCCUCAGCUGUACAGCACCAGGGAGAAGCAGCAGCUUUGUGAGCUCAUCGAUACCAUGAUCAACUAUAACCUGACCUACAGACAGGAACGCACCCCCGAGGGCCAGUACACCUACGUACUCGAGCCUAACGUAGAGGACGUGGUGCGUUUUUCCGGGCUGCCCCCUCGGAGACAGCUGACCUAUCAGGUGAAGCAGCUCAUCGCCAGAGAGACGGAGCUGGAGAGGAUGAGGAGGGUCGAGCGGAACCUGCAGAAGCGCAACCCUCAGAAGACAGAGGCGGUCAGGGAACAACAACAGGUGAAGAAACCUCAGGCCAAGCAGCAGAGCAGCAGGAACCACCAGCAGCGCCUAGCAAACAUCGUCAAACAGACUGUGGUGGAGAGUAAGCCUGAAACGGAUUUCUUUGGACGAGUUGUCAUACCGAAAGAGAAGCCUGCGGUCACCUCCACUGCAGGCGAGGAUGGGAAAGCCAGCGGGCCGCUUCAGCUCGGCAAAGCUGUCGGAAACAGCGACGUCUGGUUCAGGUUCAACGAGGGCGUCUCCAACGCCGUCCGGCACAACGUUUACAUCAGGGAGCUACUCUGAAGUAUUUAAAGGAGGAAACAGUGAGAUGUAUAUUGACACGCUAUCUAAAUAAAUAUUCUUGAAUG